AUCCUCAUUUCUCUGCUUUCCUGGCAGGCUGGCCUGGAUGGAGAAAACAUCGGAAACUGCCCCUUCUGCCAGCGCCUCUUCAUGGUGCUGUGGCUUAAAGGGGUCAAGUUCAAUGUCACCACGGUGGACAUGACCAGGAAACCUGAAGAGUUGAAAGAUUUAGCACCAGGCACCAACCCACCCUUCUUGCUAUUCAACAAGGAGCUGAAAACAGACUUCAUUAAGAUCGAGGAGUUCCUGGAGCAGACCCUGUGCCCACCCACGUAUCCCCACCUGAGCCCCAAGUACAAGGAGUCCUUCGAUGUGGGGAGCGACAUCUUUGCCAAGUUCUCAGCAUACAUCAAGAACCCUCGCAAGGAAGCAAAUAUCAACUUCGAGAAGGCCCUGCUGCGGGAGUUUCAGCGGCUGGAUGUCUACCUGAACACUCCUCUCCCUGAGGAGAUUGACCAGGACAGCGUGGAGGACAUCGCUGUCUCCAAGAGGAAGUUCCUGGAUGGAGACCACCUGACGCUGGCUGAUUGCAACCUCCUGCCCAAACUGCACAUCAUCAAGAUUGCAGCCAAAAAAUACCGGGACUUUGAGAUCCCGGCGGACAUGACGGGCGUCUGGCGGUACCUGAACAACGCCUACGCCUGCGAGGAGUUCAGCCACACGUGUCCUGCCGACGAGGAGAUCGAGCACACCUACGCCAGCGUGGCCAGGAAGAUGACCUAG